UGCUUCCUCACUCGCGGGCUUCUACUGUCAUGGCGGUGACGGUCUGAAAGCUACCGGGGAGCAUAUCAGGAAGCGAAGGGCGGACGCAGCGAGCAGCUGGGUGAACGCUUCACUCUCUUCAGCCGGGCUUGAGUGGACUUUCCCGAGACGACCGGACACCACCCUCCCCACCUCUCUUCUUCCGUACACGGUGGUUCAUUCGGCGUGUAAGCGAGCUUUGAGAGUUUGCCGCCGCUACCUGUCAAGUGUACGGACUCCGUGACAAUAGCAACUUCCGCCGGUUGUAGAGUGGCUCUUUUUUUGGAGGCUUUCCAAGGAAGCGAGCGUCGGGGAAAGGCAAGCCGUGGUUCUACCUGCCACCCCCGACCAUUACCUCACCCCUGGCUUCUUCAUUGGACGGCAUUAAUCCAUCCGCCUGUGGGCUAUCAAGUUUCGGACUCGGAAGAGGAAUAGUUUCUAACAACGAAGCGGCACUCUUUGUACUUUGACUUUAUUGAUAUCGAAUGGCGAGGAAGCUACUCAUGUGCCUUUAGACUCCCACCAGCAACUCCGGAGGGACAUUAAAGCGAGCCUUUCGCUCCCUUUCCGCCUUUGACUGAGCACCUCCGCCAUUGGAGGCGAACAGGUGGCUUUACCUGUGGACGCCACCUGCCCUCCCACCUUGAGCAAUGGCGAGCGAGGAGGUCACGCCGGGCAAUUUGCCGCUCAACCCCGCUGUACCCAUCCGAGGUAUCCGGAUGAAAUUCGCCGUGCUGGCCGGACUCAUGGAAGUUGGGGAAGUUUCCAACCGAGACGUCGUGGAGACAGUGUUCAACCUGCUGGUGGGCGGCCAGUUUGACCUGGAGAUGAACUUCAUCAUCCAAGAGCCCGAGAGCAUCGUGUGCAUGGUGGAGCUCCUGGACAAGUGCGAGCCCACCUGCCAGGCAGAGGUGUGGAGCAUCUUCACCGCCAUCCUGAAGAAGAGCGUGCGCAACCUGCAAGCGUGCACCGACGUGGGCCUCAUUCAGCUGGUGCUGCAGCGCGUCUCCAACACGGACAGCAUGAUCGCUGACUUGCUUGUGGACAUGCUCGGCGUGCUCGCCAGCUACAGCAUCACCGUCAAAGAGCUGAAGCUGUUCUUCAGCAAGCUGCAAGGAGAGAAAGGCCAGUGGCCUCGACACGCCGUGAAGCUUCUGUCGGUGUUGAAGUACAUGGCUCACAGGAACGGCCCAGAUUCCUUCUUCAGCUUUCCUGGCAAAAACGCAGCCGCGAUAGCGCUUCCACCCAUAGCAAAAUGGCCGUACCAGAAUGGCUUUACGUUCCACACGUGGCUCCGCAUGGACCCUCUCAACAACAUCAAUGUGGAUAAAGACAAGCCUUACCUCUACUGUUUCCGCACCAGUAAAGGCCUCGGCUACUCGGCGCAUUUUGUGGGCGGCUGUUUGAUAGUGACCUCGCUGAAAACCAAGGGCAAAGGAUUCCAGCACUGUGUCAAGUACGACUUCAAACCUCAGAAGUGGUACAUGGUGACUCUGGUGCACGUCUACAACCGCUGGAAAAACAGCGAAAUUAGCUGCUACGUCAACGGCGAGCUGGCGUCCUUCGGAGAGAUCGCCUGGUUUGUCAACACCAGCGACACGUUCGACAAGUGCUUCCUCGGAUCGUCCGAAACGGCCGACGCCAACCGGGUCUUCUGUGGCCAGAUGGGCGCCGUCUACUUAUUCGGAGAAGGGCUCAAUGCUGCGCAGAUCCUGGCCAUCUACCAGCUGGGGCCAGGCUACCAGGGCACGUUCAAGUACAAGGCCGAAAGCGACUUGCUGUUUGCCGAGCACCACAAGAUGCUGCUGUACGACGGCAAGCUGUCUGCCGCCAUCGCUUUUGCGUACAACCCCCGCGCCACCGAUGCCCAACUCUGCCUCGAGUCCUCGCCCAAGGACAACGCCUCCAUUUUCGUGCAUUCCCCGCACGCGCUCAUGCUGCAGGACGUGAAAGCGGUGGUGACUCACUCGGUUCAGAGCGGCAUUCACUCCAUCGGUGGCGUGCAGGUCCUCUUCCCCCUCUUUGCACAGCUGGACUUCUGCCAGCCCUCCAGCCAAGAACUGGACACCUCUGUCUGUUGCACGCUGCUGUCUUUUGUGAUGGAGCUGCUGAAGAACUCGGUGGCCAUGCAAGAGCAGGUCCUGGCCUGCAAAGGCUUCCUGGUCAUUGGAUACACUUUGGAGAAGUCGUCCAAGGUGCACGUGACCCGGCCCGUCCUGGACAUCGUGCUGGCCUUCUCCAGGUACCUGAGCAACUUGCAGAACGGCAUCCUGCUGCUCAAGCAGCUGUGCGACCACAUUCUGUUCAACCCCGCCAUCUGGAUCCAUGCCCCGAUCAAGGUGCAAGUGACUCUGUACACGUACCUGUCCACCGAGUUCAUCAGCACCGUCACCAUCUACAACGCCAUCCGCCGGGUGGGCACCGUGCUGCAGGUCAUGCACACGCUCAAGUACUACUACUGGGUGGUCAACCCGCAGGACCGAAGCGGCGUCGUGCCCAAAGGCCUCGAUGGUCCAAGGCCAAAGGAAAUGCUGACGUUGAGGGCCUUUCUGCUUUUGUUUGUCAAGCAACUCAUAAUGAAGGACAACGGUGUGAAAGAAGAUGAGCUCCAGAGCAUCCUCAACUAUCUCCUCACCAUGCAUGAGGAUGACAACCUCAUGGAUGUGCUGCAACUGCUGGUGGCACUGAUGUCCGAACAUCCCGGCUCCAUGGUGCAGGCCUUUGACCAGCGCAACGGCAUCCGUGUGAUUUACAAGCUUCUAGCAUCCAAAAGCGAAGGUAUCAGAGUGCAGACGCUCAAAGUCUUGGGGUACUUCCUCAAACAUUUGCCACCCAAGAGGAAGUCUGAGGUCAUGCUGAGUCACAGUCUCUUUUCCUUGCUCACGGAGCGGCUGAUGCUCCACUCGGCCCAGUUUUCCAUGACCACCUACAAUGUGCUCUUUGAGAUCCUCGCAGAGCAGAUCAGCACACAAGUGAUCCAUAAACAGCAUCCGGACCCCGACUCUACUGUUAAAAUCGUCAACCCACAGAUUCUGAAGGUCAUAGCAGCCUUACUGAAGACCUCUACACUGUCACCAGAGAGCAUGGAGGUGCGCAAGGUCUUCUUGUCGGACAUGAUCAAGCUGUUCAACAACAGCCGAGACAACCGCAGGAGCCUGCUGCAGUGCUCCGUGUGGCAGGAGUGGAUGCUGUCGCUCUGCUUCAUCAGCCCGCGCAACAGCGAGGAGCAGAAAGUCACCGAGAUGGUGUACGCCGUCUUCCGCAUCCUGCUCUACCACGCCAUCAAGUACGAAUGGGGCGGAUGGCGCGUUUGGGUGGACACCCUGUCCAUCACCCACGCCAAGGUCACCUACGAACAGCACAAGGAGCACCUGUCCCGCAUGUUCCGCCAGUACCAGCGUCAGGAAUCCACCGGGUCUCUCGGCACAAUCCGAACCGUCUCCGGAGUCAGCCAGAGCGCAGAGAGCGCCGACGCUACCAACGGCACCCCCUCUACUGUCAUCGAGCUCACAGUGGACCAACCCUCGGUUGAUUCAUCUGACCCACCGGCGGCGUCUGUUAUCGCGUCCGAAGUGGCGGAGGAUGAACAGACGCUGUCUCAAGAGGCUUCCAAAGAAGAUGCUGGGAUUCCAACCAAUAACUUAGAAGAAGAGGUUGGAAAAGCAGACCAACAGGAACCAGCCAUUGAGCUUGAGAAGGCAGAUCAUCGACCAGAAGCACCUCAGAGUGAAGAUCCUGUCGCGGUUGAGGGACAAGUUGCCAAAGAUGAAGACUCGAACGAUGAAGGAACUGUCAAAGAUGAUCCCGAAAAUGAGCAGGCAUCUCCGGAACCUUUGGCCCCUCUGGACAACAGUUUGCCGGCUGGCACCUCGGUCCUCAAUGAAGACUCGGUGGACGUUUCCUCCAUCAGCGAUCCGACCGAUGACAGCCAGGAGUCGUCGUACGACGGCCGUGAUACGAAGCCGGAAGUUGGUGAAAUGCAGGAAGUUGCGUUAGAAGAAAACAAUGAAGAAAUCCGACAUGACGUGGAACCGGAGAGCGCAGAGACCUCCCAGGCACCUGAGAGCCUUGAAGCACAUGAUGAGGAUGCGGCAAACCCAUCAGAGGCGGAAGCCACUGCUGCGGAGCAGCAGCCCACAGCGCCCUCUACAGGACAGGAGUCCGACCUAGCCGCAGGUCAAGAUGGAAGCGCCUCCGAGGAGCAAUCCCCUUCGAGUGGGACAGUCACAAGCACUUCUGGCCAGAAGACCAAAGAAAUCAAAAUAGCUCGUUUGGAUGUGGCCAAUGUCGCGUUGGACACCGAGAGACUGGAACUGAGGGAGGCACACUCAACAGAGACGAGCCAAACGGCGACAACAGCGGCCAGCGGUUCGGCCUCGGCCCAGCCGAAAGAAAACGAAAACUCGGUGCCGCGUUCCCCCAUGUUCCGCAUCCCGGAGUUCCGCUGGUCCCACAUGCACCAGCGCCUCCUCACAGACCUGCUCUUCGCCAUCGAGACGGACGUGCAAACCUGGAGGAGCCACUCCACCAAGACGGUCCUGGACUUUGUGAACAGCAGCGACAACGUGGUGUUUGUGCACAACAGCGUGCACCUCAUCUCGCAGGUGGUGGACAACCUGGUCAUGGCGUGCGGCGGCAUCCUGCCUCUCCUGUCCGCCGCCACCUCCUCUUCGCACGAGCUGGAGAACAUCGAGGCUUCUCAAGGCCUGACGCUGGACUCCUCGGUGGUCUUCCUGCAGCGCCUCGUCAACCUCAUGGACAUUCUGGUCUUCGCCAGCUCGCUCAACUUCGCCGAGAUCGAGUCGGAGAAGAACAUGUCGUCGGGCGGCAUCCUGCGACAGUGCCUCCGCCUCGUUUGCGCAAUGGCGGUGAGAAACUGCCUGGAGUGUCAGCAGGCGCAAUCCAAGUUCAGCAAAGAAGCAAACGCCGCCGUUCCCGGCAAAUCUGCGUCCGCACAGAGUCCCGUGGAUGCCGUGUCAGGCGGGAUGUCUCCCGUACGGGAUUUUGAGAGGCUACUGCAGGACAUGGACAUCAACCGCCUCAGGGCCGUCGUCUUCCGUGAUAUUGAGGACAGUAAGCAGGCUCAGUUCUUGGCUCUGGCCGUGGUCUACUUCAUCUCCGUGCUCAUGGUGUCCAAGUACCGAGACAUUUUGGAGCCCCACAAGGACAACAAGCAUCCCCAGCGAACGCCGUCGGCCCGCAGCACAGACAGCAGUGCACUGUCCGCCGGGCCCGAGGCGGAGAACGGGGUAUCCCUCCGCCGCUACGACUCCGGCCUCGGCGACGAGCACGCCUCCGUCGCCGCAGCCGGCGAGGCAGACGCGUCCUCCGGCAGCACGGCUCACGGCCCCGACGCCGUCUCGGAGGCCCUGUCCACACUGUCCUCCGAGGUCAGACCCGUCGACGCCAAGGGCAAGAACGUGAAGGACAUCCUGCGCAGCCUGGUCAGCGCGCCGGCUGACGACAUCAUGGUGGACGCCGGCCUGCUGCCACCCGCUUUUCUGGGAAGCGUGGCGGGCGUGGGGGACGUUCCCAGGGAUUCCCUGCAGAUUCGAUCUUUUGACAGGAGUGUCGUCCUUGCACCCAAGAAAGCCGGCGCGACAUCUCCGGUGCCGACCGCCGCCGCCGCCCCCGCCGUGUCGCCCGCUGAUGGCGUGGCCGUGGUUUCUUCUGGAGAUGCAUCACAGACCAGCAGCUCUGCAGACGCAGGCGGCCAGCUUCCAGCUAGCGCUAGCUUGCCAUCUGUCCCCCCGCUCUCCCCUGUGACCCAGCACACAGCCCCCAAUAUGAGCAUCUCUGAGCGUCUGGAACAUGCCCUGGAGAAGGCCGCCCCGCUCCUCCGGGAGAUCUUUGUGGACUUUGCACCGUUCCUCUCCCGGACCCUGUUGGGCAGUCACGGACAGGAGCUCCUCAUCGAGGGCACCAGUCUGGUGUGCAUAAAGUCCAGCAGCUCAGUGGUGGAGCUCGUCAUGCUGCUGUGUUCACAGGAAUGGCAAAACUCCAUCCAGAAGAACGCCGGACUGGCCUUUAUCGAGCUGGUCAACGAAGGCAGGCUGCUGAGUCACACCAUGAAGGACCACCUGGUCCGCGUGGCCAACGAAGCCGAGUUCAUCCUCAGCAGGCAGAGGGCCGAGGACAUCCACAAACAUGCCGAUUUCGAGUCCCACUGCGCUCAGUACUCAGCCGAGAAGCGCGACGAGGAGAAAAUGUGCGAUCACCUGAUCCGGGCCGCUAAGUACAGAGACCACGUGAUGGCCACGCAGCUCAUCCAGAAGAUCGUCAACAUCCUCACCGACAAACACGGACCCUGGGGAGCUUCUUCUGGCAGCCGGCCCAGGGAGUUCUGGCGCCUGGACUACUGGGAGGACGACUUAAGACGGCGACGGCGCUUUGUCAGGAACCCCUUUGGAUCCACCCACUCAGAGGCCACGCUCAGGGCCGCCGCCGAGCAUGUGGCCGAUAUCAAUGUGUCAGAAGACGAUGUGCUGAAAGGCAAGCGCUCCAUCAAGAGUCAGGCUGUGGCUCAGCAGAACUCUGAGAGCGACGCCUCGCUGGACGUGGACGACGACACACUGUCGUCUCUGGAGGAGAAAGAUCUCGAAAACUUUACCGGCCCGGUCAACGUGAGCACGGCGGCCCAGCUGGUAGCUCCGGCCGCGGUGGUGCGAGGCACCCUGUCCAUCACCUCCUCCGAGCUCUACUUCGAGGUGGACGAGGACGAGCCGGCCUUCAAGACCAUAGACCCAAAGAUUUUGGCAUACACAGAAGGUCUUCAUGGCAAAUGGCUGUUUGCGGAGAUCCGGGCCAUCUUCUCCAGACGUUACCUCUUGCAGAACACGGCCCUGGAGAUCUUCAUGGCUAACAGAACCGCCGUCAUGUUCAACUUUCCCGAUGCCGCCACCGCCAAGAAGGUGGUCCACAGUCUUCCCCGCGUGGGCCUCGGCACCAACUUUGGCCUCCCACAAACCAGGCGUAUCUCCCUGGCCACACCAAAGCAGCUUUUCAAAGCCUCCAACAUGACGCAACGUUGGCAGCGUCGCGAGAUCUCCAAUUUCGAGUACCUCAUCUUCCUCAACACCAUCUCCGGACGGACCUACAACGAUCUGAACCAGUACCCCGUCUUCCCCUGGAUCAUCACCAACUAUGAAGCAGAUCAACUGGACCUGACUCUGCCGAGCAACUUUCGAGAUCUGUCCAAGCCCAUCGGUGCUCUGAACCCCAAGCGGGCCGCCUUCUUUUCCGACCGCUACGAUUCGUGGGACGACGACCAGGUACCAAAGUUCCACUACGGCACGCACUACUCCACCUCGAGCUUCACCCUCAUGUGGCUGCUGCGCAUGGAACCCUUUACCACGUUCUUCCUCAACUUCCAAGGAGGCAAGUUCGACCACGCCGAUCGCACCUUCUCAUCGGUGUCCCGCGCCUGGAGGAACUGCCAGAGAGACACGUCGGAUGUCAAGGAGCUGAUUCCAGAGUUCUACUACCUCCCUGAGAUGUUCGUCAACACCAACUCGUACAACCUGGGAGUGAUGGAAGACGGCACGGCCGUGUCGGACGUGGAGCUGCCCCCCUGGGCCAAGACCCCCGAGGAGUUUGUGCGCCUCAAUCGGCAGGCUCUGGAGAGCGAGUUUGUGUCAUGCCAGCUGCACCAGUGGAUCGACCUGAUCUUCGGCUACAGACAGCAGGGACCCGAGGCCGCCCGAGCCCUCAACGUCUUCUACUAUCUCACCUACGAAGGCGCCGUCAACCUCAGCUCCAUCACCGACCCCAUGCUGAGAGAGGCUGUCGAGUCUCAAAUCCAAAGUUUCGGGCAGACCCCCUGCCAGCUGCUCAUCGAACCGCACACACCCCGAAGCUCGGCUAUGCAAGUGUAUCUUCUCCUGCAGACGCCCAUGAUGUUCACGGAGCAGAUGCAGCAGGACGUCAUCAUGGUGCUCAAGUUCCCGUCCAACUCGCCCGUGAGCCACGUGGCCGCCAACACGCAGCCGGGCCAGGCGGCGCCCGCCGUUAUCACCGUCACCGCCAGCCGCGUCUUCGCCGUCAACAAGUGGCACGGCCUGACAGGUCAUCCCAGUUCGACGGCGCAGCAGCCGGCGGAGCAGCAGUACCAACUUCCUGUGGAAAUCGACCCUCUCGUCGCCAGCAACAUGGGCAGCCACCGGCGGCAGAUCUCGGACCUCCUGGACCAGAGCAUCCAGAUCAGCUCGCAGUGUUUUAUCGUGACAGCCGACAAUCGCUUCAUCCUGCUCUGCGGCUUCUGGGAUAAGAGCUUCCGCGUCUACUCCACCGACACAGGCAAACUGACUCAGAUCGUGUUCGGUCACCGCGACGUGGUGACGUGUCUGGCCCGCUCCGAGUCGUACAUCGGCGGCGACUGCUACGUGCUGUCGGGCUCGCGCGACGCCACCCUGCUGCUGUGGUACUGGAACGGCAAGCUCAGCAGCAUCGGCGAGAGCCCCGCCACGGGCAUCACCACACCUCGAGCCAUCCUGACAGGUCACGACUGCGAAGUGACGUGCUCGUGCGUAUGCGCCGAGUUGGGCCUGGUCAUCAGCGGAUGCAAAGAGGGUCCGUGCCUGAUCCAUUCCAUGAACGGGGACCUGCUGCGUACCCUGGAGGGCCCGCAGGGCUACUCGCGGCCACGCCUCAUCCAGGCCUCGGCCGAGGGCCACUGCGUCAUCUACUAUGACAAAGGACAAUUCGGAGUGUUCAGUGUCAACGGGAAGCUGCUGAGACACUUGCAGGUGGACGACAGCAUUAAGGCGAUGGUGCUGAGCCGCGAUGGUCAGUAUCUGCUUACAGGCGGCGACGGUGGCGUCAUCUCCAUCCUUCGGGUUCACGACCUCAAGGUGUUGUUCACCUACCCGGGCUGCGAUGCCGGCAUCCGCUCCAUGGCCAUGUCACAUGACCAAAGGUGCAUCAUCACGGGCAUGGCGUCGGGCAGCAUCGUGCUCUUCUACAAUGACUUCAACAGGUGGCACCACGAGUACCAGACCAGAUACUGACCAAGACCCGACCGACCGACUAAGCAACCAACCAAAACCGCAUGUGAUGCAAAUAAUGUCCACUUGGCGGCGCUGUGUUGAGUCCACGCUGAAUGUAUCCUGGCAAUGAGAAGUUAUUUUUCAAAACCACCACAGAAGGAACGGAGAUAGAUAUAUAUAUAUAUAUAUAUAUAUAUAUAUAUAUAUAUAUAUAUAUAUAUAUAUAUAUAUAUAUAUAUAUAUAUAUUUUGUAGACAACAAUGAAGAAACUUUCAGCUUGGUUGAGGGUGAAACGAGUGGUUAUCUUGUGUGGUUUAAAAAAAAAAUCUAUUUUUUAAGUCUCUUUUGCUUUUUGUCUUCAGGUGUAACAAUGCAAAUAUUUUCUGCGUGCUUUAAGGUGAAUGUUGUACUUUGCGUGCGUGUGUUUGGGGUUUAAUUAUGAAGUUGCAAAAUUUCUGAUAAUCGAUAAUUGAAGGGGAUUUAUACAAAUAUGUAAAUAUCUAUAUGUAUAGAUAUAGUUUUGCGGUUAUCUUCCAUAUUUAAAAAUAUCCAUCUGAGCAGCAUCAUCAUCUUCGUACUAUUUUUAUUUUUUUUUCCGUAAAUGACUGAGCAGACAAGAUACGUAAAAAGCUCGACAGAUAAUGUUAGGCAGAACAGGAAGAUUUUUCCGCUUUUCUAUCACAUGAUUACGUCCAACCAAUCAUCACGAGGGUGACUUUAUUAAACUGACAUCCAUCUGACUGUUUCCUUACAUGUUUUUUUUGUGUGUGUGCGUGAAGAAUGCUGACAAAUAAAUGGAAUUUUCUAACAUCAA